AUGGAGAUUCGCUUUGUUCCCCCCGCCCUUUCUCCGCACGAUGAGGUGACAUCCGCCGGAGAUUCAUUCCUUGCACUUGGUGGACUCACUGGACUGGUCCGAUCCCCAAUCCACGAUUCAGUCGCGCAGCAGUCCAUGGCCAUUCCCGGGGAAACUAUAAAAGAGAAAGCUUCCCCGGCAAUGCCCUCGCCCUCGCCCUCGCAGCUUAGGUUCCUGGUCUGUCCCGCGCGUUUCUCUCCUCGCGUCGCCCUUUUCUAUUGCUACAUCUUUGUCGGAGUGUCUGCGCUCUUAACGUACGUUAUGUAUUUCAAGCAUUCCACGCCAGCCUUCCUCCUUGGGCUUUUGGCCUCGACCCAGGAUGUCGCUGCGUUGCCUCAGGCCAGUUCAACGCCUCAGCCCCCCAGCGCAGACGCCUACAAGGUCUACACCAUCAGCGCCAACAAUAUCACCGCCAAAUUCAUCCCCCAUGGCGCGCGUCUGACUUCAUUGCUUGUUCCUGACCGCGAUGGGGCCCCUCAGGAUGUUGUUGUAGGCUACGACGACACGACCAAAUACGGCGCCGACACGAAUUUCUUCGGCGCAGUCGUCGGCCGCUAUGCCAACCGCAUCAAGAACGGCACCUUCACCAUCGAUGACAAUGAGUACCACAUCCCCAAAAACGAGAACGACGGCCUCGACACUCUUCACGGCGGUGACAUCGGCUAUGACCAGCGCAACUGGACCGUAACUGCCCAGACCAACUCCUCGAUCACUUUCUCCUUCUACGACAAGGCGCUGCAAGGCUUCCCCGGCGACGUGCUCACCCACGCAACAUACACCGUCGACAAUGACAAUCCUACGGGCUCCCCACAGCUCACCACCAAGCUCGUCUCUCUAGCCCUAACCGAGACAACCCCCAUCAUGGCCGCUAACCACAUUUACUGGAACCUCAACGGCUUCCGCGAUGCCAACGUCCUAGACGACGUCACUCUCCAGCUGCCCCUCAGCUCCCGCUUCAUUGCCACAGACGGGAUCCUCAUCCCCAACGGCAAAAUCUCCACCGUGGAUGCCUAUGAUGGCUCUCCAGACUUUACCUCGCCGAAACUCGUCGGCAAGGACAUCGAUUCCGCCGUUGGCCUCUGCGGCACCGACUGCACGGGCUACGACAACUGCUUUAUCGUCGACAGGCCAACAGGGUACUCUGCCGACGCGCUCAUCCCAGCCGUCCACAUGUCCUCCAAGAACACAGGUAUCACCCUCGACGUCACAACAAACACCCCCGCGAUCCAAAUCUACAGCUGCAAUGGGCAAGACGGGUCCGACCCCGUUAAGCCAUCGCAGAUCCAGCGCGUCAAGGACGCGGGUUUCAAUGGCCCCACCACCCUCGACAAGAACGCUUGCGUUGUUAUCGAGACCGAGGGGUGGAUUGAUGGCAUCAACCAGCCUGGUUGGGGCCAGACUGACAACCAGAUCUUUAGCCCGGGCGGUUUACCCGCCGUUAAUUUGGCUGUUUAUAAGUUUGGAACGGCCUAA